UGUCCCCAAAUUGCCAUGUGACUUUGGGCAAAUCACUUAACCGCUCUGUGUCUCAGCUGCUCUGUUUAUAAAUAGGCGAGUAAGGCACACUGAUUACUUCCCAGAUGUAUUGCGAGGUGCCUGUGAGAAUCCCAGAAUCUCAAAACUGGAAGGAAUCUCAGCCCUACCACUCAUGCAGGAAUCUUUUUGAUAAACUCUCUGACAGAGGUACUUAUCCAGCCUCUGCCUGGUUACCUCCCAUGGCAGAAAACUCAUGACCACACAGCUUCCCUUGUAGCCAUUGCUACAUGACACUAACUAUAAGAAAGUUCUUCACUAUAGCGUAUUAUAGCAUGUUUUACAAAUAAAUGUUUGUUUAAAAAACUUAGCAAUCCUUUCCAGAGCUACCUUUACUCCUGAUUUUCCCAAAGGCUUGCACAGGGUAGAGAUGAGCAGUGGUCAGCAAAAAGCAGGUGUGGGCUCAGCUCCAGAAGAAGCUUUUGGCUUAGCGUAGUAGAAGGAGCCCAGGCUCUGGGGUCACACAACCUAGGUUGAAAUGCUAACUUUAUCCACUUACUAACUGGCUGACGCUGACCCUGGGAAAGUUAUAUUACCUAUCUGAGCCUCAGUUUCCUGAUCAGUAAAAGGAAGAUAGAAAUACCUAUCUCCCAGUAUUGUUGUGGGAAUUAAGCAAGUUAUCACUUCUUAUUAAGCUGACAACACAGACUUCCUUGGUGGGAUUCUGGGGACUUGGGGUGGGGAACAUUACACCCUCUUCUGCCACCCUGAAUAGCACAUCUGCCCUCUGAGCACAUGGCACAGGCGAACUUUACAUACUCAUAAAUGACCCAUAUCUCAGGGUCAUUUCCCUCUCAGACCUGGACCAGGGCCAUAAAGGAAAGGUGACGCAAUGGUUUCAAGACAAAGUUCACCUCCUCCACGCGAUUCACCGGCCCAAGGCCAGCACCCCCUCCCUGCCCACAGACUCAGUGGGCACAAAGCAAGUAUCCCAGGGCAUCACUUGGGAACAGCUUCCAACUGCACCAGUGUUUUCAUAGGAAUCUCAUACAGGAUCCCAGAACUGUGGUCUGGCAGUGAACUUCCAGGCAGAGUGACAAGAAGUUGCAGAAAGCUAUUUGGGGUUGGGGUAAAGUGUUCCUUUAGCUGUUGAUAAGAAGGUGUCUGUCACGUAGCGACUCCUGGACAAAGGUCAGGACGCCUGGGUCCAGCUCCACCAUCGCCUAGCUCUGGGCUCUCUGGAGCCAGUGACUUCCUUCCUCAGUGUCUUGCUUUCCUCAUGUUCGGGACAGCAGGCCGAUUCCUGGGGCUUUCCCAGCUCCCGAAUUCUAGGUUUCCCCAUUUGUUGGAUGAGUUGGAGAAACCACCCUAGACCUCCCUUGGCCCCUGGCCACUGGGUGGCGCCGACCACCCCCUCUUCUCUGCUUCCUUUGCAGAUGAGUACCUCAGAGUCCUCAAUGUGGGUGUGGCUGAGGUGAAGAAAUCCUUCCUGGGGCCCUUGUCCCCGUCCUGCAAGAUGGUGCAGAUGAUGAGGCAGUUUCUGUACCGGGUCCUGCCUGAGGACUCCUACAAGGUCACCACGGGAAAGCUCCAUGUGAGCCUCACCCGCUUCACGGAUGGGGAGAGUGUGGUGGUUUCAGAGUUCACGUCCAAGGAGGAGCUCAUUGAGGCCCUAUACUGCAGCUGCUUCGUCCCCGUUUACUGCGGCCUCAUCCCCCCGACUUACCGCGGUGUGCAUUUCUCACUCUGCCCCACACAGAGGUACAUUGAUGGGGGCUUCACAGGCAUGCAGCCCUGCGCCUUCUGGACCGACGCCAUCACCAUCUCCACCUUCAGUGGGCAGCAGGACAUCUGUCCCCGGGACUGCCCCGCCAUCUUCCACGACUUUCGCAUGUUCAACUGCUCCUUCCAGUUCUCCCUGGAAAACAUCGCCAGGAUGACCCACGCAUUGUUCCCCCCGGACCUGGUGAUCCUGCACGAUUACUACUACCGAGGGUACGAGGAUGCAGUUUUGUACUUGAGGCGACUGAAUGCUGUUUAUCUUAAUUCUCCCUCCAAGAGAGUGAUUUUCCCCCGGGUGGAAGUGUACUGUCAGAUAGAACUCGCCCUCGGCAAUGAGUGCCCUGAACGCAGUCAACCAAGCCUUCAAGCACAGCAGGCCAGUCUGGAAGGAGCCCCACGACCUCACACGGAGUGGGUUCCCAAAGGGGAUGGAAGGGGCGGCCACAGUUCGCCUGUGUCCCCACCUGUGCAGACACUUGAAUCCACAUGCGAGUCACCUGUUUCAGCACCAGUCUCUCCACUUGAGCAGCCACCUGCGCAGCCACUGGCCUCUUCAACGCCACUUUCUCCAACUAACAUGCCACCUGUAUCAUUCCCAGCUGUGCACAAGCCACCCAGCUCCACACCUGGCUCAUCACUGCCCACCACACCACCUGGACUGUCACCUGUGUCACCUCAGCAGCAGGUACAGCCGUCUGGAUCACCACCCAGAUCCCCACACUCUCAGGCACUCACUUCACCCAGGCCAUCCCUGGGGCCUUCAACUGUGGGGGCACCUCAAACACCACCCCGAGGUUCUUUUUCAGCCUUCCCUGCUCAGCCACCUGUGGAGGAACUAGGCCCAGAACAGCCCCAAGCUGUAGCUCCUCUUGUCUCUUCAAAUCCAAAAAGCGCGGUGCCUCUGGUUCAUGUGAAGGAAACUGUCAGCAAGCCUUAUGUCAUGGAGAGCCCUGCUGAAGACUCAAACUGGGUGAAUAAGGUCUUCAAGAAGAACAAGCAAAAGACAAGUGGCACCAGAAAAGGUUUCCCAAGACAUCCGCGAUCCAAAAAACCAAGCGCCAAAGUGCAGUGAGCAUGACUAACGUUCCUUAAAUCCCACGGAGAGGAGCAGCUUUGGGAACUGUGCUCAGGGAGAUUCUGAGGAAUGGAGGGGAGAGUAGGGAAGUAGUGGAGGGGUGGGAGAUUGGGCUUUGGAACAGACACAUCCGACAUAAAAUUCCUGCUCUGCCACAACUCCACUCAGGGAUCAUGGUUGGGACACUUGCUCUCCCUGAGCCUCCAUUUCCUGUAAAAUGGGGAUGAUAUCAUUUCACAAAGUUGUGAGAGUUUAAUGUGAUCAAUGAUGUAAAUUGCCUCAUAGAAUGCAGCAUGUGUAAUAGCUCACAAUAAGUAGAUGUUAUGUUUACAUAAUU